AUGCCGGUCACUGACUUCAGCGUCAAAGAGAAGUACCGUUACCAGAACGGCUUCGAUUCGUAUCACGAGACCGAAGCUGUCGCGGGUGCCCUGCCGAUCGGCCAGAACUCUCCCCAGAAACCACCCUAUGGCCUCUACGCCGAAAAGCUCUCCGGCACCGCCUUUACGGCGCCUCGCCACGAGAACAGGCAGUCAUGGCUCUACCGCAUCACGCCUGCCUGCUCGCUCAGCCCCUUCCAACCCGAAGACGACGCCUUGACGCACGACAACAAGGACACAGACGCCCUUCACUACCUGCCCGACCAAUUCCGGUGGGAUCCGUUCCCGUUGCCGGAUCCCGCGACCGAGCCGACCGAUUUUGUUAGUGGCCUCCGCCAAAUCGCCGGCGCCGGCGACCCGACCCUCAAGCAGGGCCUGGGCAUCUUUGUCUACGCGGCCAACCAGUCCAUGGACAGCCACACGGCCUUUUACUCGGCCGACGGCGAUCUCCUGAUUGUGCCGCAGGCGGGUGUCUUGGACAUCCGCACAGAGAUGGGCUGGCUGCUGGUCCGGCCACUGGAAAUCUGCGUGAUCCCGCGCGGCGUGCGGUUCCAGGUCCACAUCGCCAAGGACGACAAUGGUGGCGGCAUGGCCCGCGGGUACGCGCUGGAGCUGUAUCAGGGCCACUUCCAGCUGCCGGAGCUGGGACCCAUUGGGUCCAACGGGCUGGCCAAUGCGCGUGAUUUCCAAGUUCCCGUGGCGUGCUUUGACGAGCCGGUGGCGGCGGCGGCGGCUGCACACGCCGCCGAACCGGCGUAUGUUCUCCGCGCCAAAGUCAACCGCCGCAUCUACCGCGCCACGCAGCCGCACUCGCCCUUUGACGUCGUCGCCUGGCAGGGCUUCUACUAUCCGUACAAGUACGAUCUGGGCCGCUUCAAUGUCAUUGGCUCCAUCAGCUUCGACCACCCGGACCCGUCCAUCUUCACCGUCCUGACCGCCCCCUCCGAGCACGCGGGCACCGCCGUCGCCGACUUUGUCAUUUUUCCGCCCCGCUGGCUCGUCGGCGAAAACACGUUCCGGCCGCCCUGGUACCACCGCAACACCAUGAGCGAGUACAUGGGCCUGCUGGCGGGCAACUACGACGCGAAGAAGGCGGGCACCGGCGGGUUCGUGCCCGGCGGCGGCAGCCUGCACAACACGAUGAGCGGGCACGGUCCGGACGGCCCCAGCUACGAGGCGGCGCGCAACGAGCCGCAGCCGCAGCAGCCGGCCAAAGUGGGCGCGGGCAGCUGCGCCUUCAUGUUCGAGACGUGCCUGAUGCUGGGCGUGACGUCGUGGGCGCUGACGGCGACCAACGCAGAGGCCGGCGACGAUGCGGCCUCGUCCGCAGCCGAGACGGUGCUGCAACGCGACUACGUCACACACAGCUGGGGCAAGCUUCCGCGCUUCUGGCAGCGGCCAGAGAGUGCCGGUGCAGCAGACAGCCACUUGCUGAAGCAGUAA